AUGGCCCACCGCCGCUUCUACAUCGCGCUCUUUCUCAUUGCCAUGUUUGUGUCGAUCAUAACGAAAAGAGUCGUCUUGGCUCGGUAUGGUUACCCGACCAUGGCUGCCGUCUCGGGAACCCGGAGCUUUAUUUUUUCGUCUAGAGCGCAGAAACAAACCGCGGACUCUAAAGCCGAGCUGGGCUGGUCGUCGCCUUCCGAUGCUGACCCGGUGUUGCCCGGAACAUCUGCAGCAUCGCUGACCGCAUACAACUACGACCAGGCGUCGUUUGAAAAGCUUAUCUUGUAUAAUGUGGCCGUAGCGUUCCAGCCCAAAAACAGAACGGAGACGAAUGUUUUCAAGAAAAAGUCGAAAAAGUCGCCGGCUGAACUACUGCCUCUGGGCGAAGACAAUUUGUUUGUGUCUGCGCAGGAUCUGCACGGAUACAUGGCUGUAGGUGUAGCUGAUGGUGUAGGCGGCUGGUCCGAGGCUGGGUACGAUUCACUGGCAAUUCUGCGGGAAUUGUGCCACCAGAUCAAGAGUCGUUUCGAGCAAAGUAGUGCGAAGGCGUCCGACACCCCCAAACAACUCUUGCAGGCGGCUUUUGCCGAUGUGACUGCCUCCCCUAAAGUGGAGAUCGGUGGCACCACUGCAUGCUUGGGCAUUCUUACACCAGAGAAACAGCUCAAGGUUGCCAAUCUCGGUGACUCGUGGUGUGGUUUGUUCCGCGAUUACAAGCUUGUCAAAGAAACCCAGUUCCAGACUCACAACUUCAACACUCCCUAUCAAUUAGCUAAGAUUCCUGCCCACAUAUUACGCCAGGCCGAAUUGCAGGGCAAACGCUACAUCAUUGAUAAGCCUGACAUGUGUGAUGAAUACGUUUGGGAUCUAAAAAAGGACGACGUUAUCAUUUUUGCCACUGAUGGUGUGACUGAUAACGUCGUACCGCAAGAUAUCGAGCUUUUCCUCAAAGAUCAGCUCUCCAACGGCAAAAAGAGCUUGUCUGCUGUCUCCUCCCAAUUCGUCAAAGAAGUGGUGAAAGUGUCUAAGGAUGCGAACUUCCCAAGUGCGUUUGCUCAGGAGCUCUCUAGAAUCACUGGCCAGAGAUACAUGGGUGGUAAAGAAGAUGAUAUCACCGUCGUUAUGGUAAAAGUCCUCUGA